GCUUCCUCGUUUUCCCUCUGCACUGACGGCAAGAACAUUUUAUAGACUUUUUUUACGAGAAUACUGUGGUAUGGUGGGUACUUCAGAGGUACAAGGUUCAGGCUGGUCAUCAGUGCAAACAGAGCAACAGGUGGAUGAUGGCGUGCGUGUUGGUUUGUCUCCUUCUGGCUGUCCGCCUGAUUGGGCCGUCUGCCUCACUGUCAUCUUCAGAAGGGACGGAGCAGGCCUCUCCAUGCCCACCUCCAUGGCUCCUGUUUGGGCUGAGAUGCUUCAGUUUCUACCCUGUGUGGAGCUCCUGGAGCACUGCUAAUUCUCUCUGCUCUCAGACAGGAAGUGACCUGGUGUCGCUUCACACACCAGAGGAAAGGCAGUUUGUCCUUCAGCUAGCAAGCACACACACUCCUGUGUGGCUGGGUGGAUACCAGGUACAACAGAAUGGCUCUUGGUUUUGGAGUGACAACUCCCCGUUCAGGAUCAACAGCUGGACCAAUCAGAGGCAGGGGAAGACCAGUGAGGGCGGGGCUUGCCUAGCAAUGACACCAAAGGGUGGAGAGCUGCACAGCGCCCCCUGUGGAGAGCUCAGGUUCUACAUCUGCUCCACCAGACCCGGCUCCACUGUCUCCUCCAGCAACAGCAAACCGGUUGGGCCAGGCAUCGUCCCCGGUGUGAGUCUGUUUGACGUUUUGUGGAGUUACAGCGACGUGUUGGCAGAGGAGAUUCUCCGCUCGUCCUCCUUCAUCAUUGAGCUCCGGUCCGGCCAACUGUCACAGCGCUGCUACACCAGCUUCACCCAGCAGAAGGCGCUCUAUCUGCACCGAGUCAGCAACACCCUGGAGGCCCUGAUUAGUCGUUUACAGGAAGCAGAUGACAUGAGAUCACUGCUGCUGGACACACUCAAACACUACAGCUGCAGAAACCAGAGCCUCCUCGCUGUGCCUCCCCCACAGUGGCUCCACCGCUCCCUCCAGUCUUUCCACUCAGUGGUCCAGGAGGAGCCAGUCUACUGGCUGGUGGCUCUGUCGGCGCAGGCUUGCUUCCGUCACUUCCUGUCCAGGGAGCUGCUCUUCUCUGAGCUCAGGCCUGGUGCCCAGCUGGUGUCUGGGGCUGAGGUUAAUGCCAGUAACCUCCCCCAGGAGUGGAGAGAAGACACACUGUGGGAGGUCACCUGGAUACACAGGUACAGAACGGUGAUAGAGGAACACCAGGAUCACAUGGACGUGUAUAAAGCUAUAAACAUAUUCAGAGAGCACAUGAUGAACCAGAAGAGUCUCUACAAGGUCGUGACCUGUGAUGAAGAGGGUGAUAGAUGAAGAAGAGGAGGAGGGCAGCAGGGUAGGGCUGCUGAUGAAGUAUUUUUCCAGACAAAAGCAACAGACUGAAACAGAGCUCUCCACAAGAAAAUCUCUUCUACAGUUCACACCACCUGAUGCCCCAAAUGGUGAAUUUAAAGCACUGCUAUUUUUAUUAUAAAAGGUAAAACCAUUUUAAAAUUGUAUUAGUGUGUUUACUGUGUAUUUAUAUUCAGAAAUGUAAACCUUCUCUCACCCUCCUCCUCCUCAGAUGGAUGGUUUCUAUAAUGUCAUAAUGUUUGUUUUCAAUUAGGAAACCACAGUGACCUUAUGUGAAUGACUUAUCAUUUCAUGAUAAUCAGUACCUUCUUAUGUUGUUGGUAACUGUGAUCCUCUGCCUCUGCUAUUACAGUAUAAAUCAAUCUUCACGUCUUUCUGUUAGUGUUUGUUUUUGUCGAUGACUUCCUGUUGAGUUCACACACACUUUGUCAAUAAUAAAGAGUCCUUAA